AUGAUGUCAACAUUGACCAAAUCAGAAAUUGUAACAAAUCAUGUACAGCAAAUCAAAUUGAUGAAAAUUUUUUCGUCUCAAGAGGCUCAAAAUUUGACCAAACAUUUCUCGCCCUUAUUAAGAACAGCACUUUUUGGAAUUGACUUUCAUGGAUUUAAUUCCAGCGCUGGCGGUAUUUAUCAGUACUACGAUGAUGGCCACAACAAUUUUUUCAAAACUGGACAGGCACAAUUAUUGUCUGACGUAUCUCUGGAAAAUUCUUCUGCAACCCAAAAAGACAUUCACAUUAACAAUACAUUGGCGAAUGAUCAUAACGUAGUUGUUAGCGAGACUGGAAAAAUUGAAGAAAAUUUCACACUCUCAACAACGUCACAACCUGCUUCCGUUCAACAAACACAUGACAGCCAGGACUCAAUACCUCAUGAUCCAACAAAAGACAACGACCAUUCUGCUCACACAUUAUUAGAUAAUUUAGAGACUACUAAUGGUGAAAAAACUCAACCCGCUGUUUUUCAACCUUUUGGAAAUACUGUACUCGAUUUAUUUAUUCGUCCAUUUUCUGUAAAACCUCGUGUCACAUGUUUAGAGCAUAGAAUUAUGGAAAAGUAUCGAGAUGAACUCGUAAAAAGAUAUGAAAACAGAACAGAUGCUCUCACUGCUGCUUCAGUUCAUUCAUUUCUUUUAAGGAUGUAUAUUGAAGGCCCAAUAGACAAGAUGAUGAAAGAAUGGGAACGAGAAUUGACUCUAAAAAAGAACAAGUCACAAACUUUCUCGAGUGAUAGUACUUUAUCAGCUCGUCAUCCAAGCGAUACCACACCACAAUCACCUCCGAACGCGCAAGAAGAUUCUACAUCAUCCAUGCACCAAGAGACAACUCAAAGUGAACCUUACUCUACAGAAAACAUCAAACAAGACUCAUCUCAACCUGCUCUACAAAGCACCACCACAAAUAUUGACGUUGAUACUUCUUCAACAGUAGAGACAGGAGAAAACAAUUCAGACGACUUGACAUUCUCUCUUGAUUAUACAAUGGAUGCUAUCAAAUCUUGGCUACUCUUCAAGUAUCAACAUUCUCCUCUCUUUAGUGAUAUUUUCAAUGACACAAGAUUAUUUCAAACUUUAUCUAUUCCAUCCUAUACCAUCACUAUUGAUUGGAAUGACUCUUGCUUUGAUAUAUUGGGAGGGACAUUUCCAUAUCUUCUCUCCUUCUUAAUUGGUUAUGACACUACCAUACUGAACACAUUUGUGCAAUAUAAUUACGAUUUCAAUCACAACUAUACGAUCAAUAGUGGAGUAUUAUAUUCCAGACAAUACGAUGAAAUUUAUUAUUUGAAAUACGGACAAACGGAAGUUGAUGCCAUUUCGAGAGGUCUUUUAAAAAUUGCUCCAUUAAUAGUCUAUCUGAUGGUAUUUGUUCUAGUAUACUAUUUGGUGAGGAGCACUCAAAUGAACAUUUUGAACAUGAUUGUCGACUUACAGAUGAACGUAUUUUCUGUACAACGUAUGGCCCGUUCAUUCAUGGUUCACUUAUUCCAAAAUUUAAUGUUUGUGCCAGUGUUAUUGGGAGUUAUUCACUUUAUUGAUAAUUUCUUUUCUGGAGAUCAGAAAGCUAGUUUAUUAAUAUUUUGUCUCAUUUGGCUUUCUCAAAUAUUCAUGAACAAUGUUUGUAACACAAGAUUUAGCAAAGCAGUAUUUCCAUGGGUUUUGCACUUUUAUUGUGCCACAUAUUUUAUCUAUUACUUUAGACAUCCACAUGGAUAUUCUUACCUUGCUUUUUCUGCUCUUUUCUCAAUUAUAGCUAGAAAGAUGCUUUAUUUGUGGAAUACUUAUGAAUAUAGUUACAUUAUCAAUCAUCAUCCAAUACUGAGAGAUAUUUUGGGAACUGGAGGAGGUGACGCAAAUAAUGAUGAUUUUGAUAUUUUCGAUAGAAUUAAUGCAAUGGUACAUCAACGCCAAGGAGUGACUCCUCCUAGAAUUCAAAAUGUUCAGCAAUUCGUAUUUAAUUUGACUGACAUGAACAACGGCCAUGCUAUUGAGCAACAAAUUGGUCGUUUCAAUAUUUCAAUCUCUCUUGCUCAAAACAACAACAACAGCAACACUGUCAACCAUGCACCAACAACUCCCACACAUUAA